CCAACAAUAAAAAUGAAUUCACAGUUAACCCUUAAAUUAAUUCACAUCUUCCAUGAACAUCCUCAAGAAAAAAAUCACAUCAUUUCUGUAAGAGUUGCUUUGCAAAUUAAAGAAAAGAUGACCCCUCCUGAAUUAUCACUUGUUGUCUCUGGAGUACAGCCAAUCCUACAGGGUUUGAUCUCUUUUGCUACCCAAGAAAUCGAUCUAGCCUGGGGUGUCAAGGGAGAGUUGAGAAAGCUGCAAACUACCUUGACCACCAUCCAAAGUGUGCUGCAAGAUGCUGAGAACCAGCAAGUGGAGAAGGAGGCAGUGAAACACUGGCUGAGGAGGCUCAAAAGUGUUGCUUAUGAUGCAGAUGAUGUGGUGGAUGAGUUCAACUAUGAAGCUUUGAGACGUAAAUUGGAGAUCCAGAACCAAAUGAUGGGAAAGGUACGCAACUUCUUCUCACCCUCCAACCCAAUUGGAUUUCGUCUUAAGAUCGCCCAUAAGCUUAAAGACAUCAAUCAAGUGUUGGAUGCCAUAAAAAACGAUGCAAUUAGCUUCAACCUUAGAGUUGAGUCUCAUCCUGAUUCCACCACAGUGAUCAACAAAAAGCGACCGCAAACCUUCUCUCUUGUAGAUCAAAAUGAAGUAGUUGGAAGGGUACAUGACAGAUCAAAACUAGUGGAAAUGCUUGUCAAUAACACUAGCAAUGAUCAAAUCAUUUCGGUCUGCGCCAUAGUAGGAAUGGGGGGACUUGGGAAGACCACCCUUGCUCAAUUGCUCUUCAAUGAUCCAUUGGUUGUAGAAAAUUUUGAGUUAAGAAUGUGGGUAUGUGUGUCUGAACAAUUUGAAGUUGAGAGAAUUGUAAAAGAAAUCAUUGAAUCAGCUGGUGGAGCUAAAUGUGAUGCAUCAAUAAACUUGGAUGUAAUAGCACGCAACCUCCAAGAGAAGUUAAUGGGUAAACGGUUUUUGCUUGUACUAGAUGAUGUCUGGAGUGAAGAUCGUGAAAAAUGGGAUGACUUGAUAAAGCCCCUUAAAAUCUGGCAGUGUAGGUAGCAAAGUUAUUGUAACUACACGUAGCAAUAAUGUUGCAAAGAUACUGGCCACAAAUUACACUCAUCACUUGGAAAUAUUGUCGGAACAAGAUUGUUGGUUUUUGUUUAGUCAAAAAGCAUUUAGCAAUGGAGGGCCACUAGAAACCCCAAACCUGGUGGAAAUUGGAAGGAGAAUUGUAAAUGAUAAGUGUGGAGGAGUGCCAUUAGCAGUGAAGGUCUUAGGAAGCCUAAUGCAUUCCAAAGAAGAGCAUGAGUGGUCAUCUAUGGAGCAAGAUGAAAUUUGGAAUUCACUAAAAAGUAAUAGUAAAGGAAUAAUGCCCAUAUUAAAGUUGAGUUAUGAUCAUCUGCCAUCGCAUGUGAAACAUUGUUUUGCUUAUUGUUCAUUAUUCCCCAAGGAUUAUACAUUUCAUAAAAAAAUAUUGAUACAAUUGUGGAUGGCAGAGGGAUUCCUUGGGAGAAAACAAAUGGAGGACGUCGGCAAUGAAUAUUUCAAUAUAUUAUUGUGGAAUUCUUUUCUUCAAGAUAUGAAGAAAGACGAAUACGGAGAUAUAAAUACAUGCAAGAUGCACGAUCUUGUACAUGAUCUUGCACAAAUUGUUGGAAAGCUUGACUAUUCCACCAUGGAGGCCAAUUAUAAUGUGGAAGGAAUUUCUGAAGUUCGUGGUUUAUCACUUUUUUGGGAUCAUGAGAAAAUGUUUGAAACUCUAGAAGCUUUUAAGAAGGUAAAGAAAUUACGGACAAUAUUAUUUCAUUCAUCUAGUUUGGUCUCAAAUUACAUCUUGAUGAAUUUGCAGAGCUUGCAUGUGUUGGAUGUAAGUAGUUGCAACAUGAAAGAAGUGCCACCUUCAAUAAGAAAAUUGAAAUAUUUAAGGUACCUUAACCUCUCAUAUAAUCAUUUUGAAGUCUUACCUGAGUCUAUCUCUAGCCUCCACAAUUUACAGACGUUGAAACUAAACCAUUGUAGGAAUCUCAAUGAACUUCCCAAGGAAAUGAGAAAAAUGGUUAGCCUGAGACAUAUUGAAUUUUCUGACACAAAAUGCACUAAGAUGCCAGUUGAGAUGGGGAGAUUGACUAAUCUGAAAACAUUAACAAGAUUUAUCAUAGGCAAAGAUGUAGGACACAGUAUUAAACAGCUGAAGUGGUUGAAUCUUAGGGGAGAACUGGUCCUACAUGAUUUGGAGAAUGUAACAGAUGGAAUAGAAGAAGCAAGGGAAGCAAAUUUGAGAGGAAAGCAAGAUAUUCAUAAUUUAACAUUAAGGUGGGGUAAUAAUUUGAGUCACAGUGAAGGUGACAGUGGGAAAAUGGAUGAUGUGUUAGAAGGUUUAGAACCUCAUUCUAAUUUGAAAUGGUUUACGAUCGAAUACUUUGGCGGUUCAAGAUGUCCUAAAUGGAUGACAAGUGGUUUUUCAGCAUACAAAUAUUUGAUUGUAUUCAAACUCAAAGACUGUCGUAGAUUGGAGUAUGUCCCAACACUUGGGGAGCUACCCUUUCUUAGGGAACUUUACUUAAGUGGAAUGGAAAAAUUGAAAUGUAUUGGUCAGGAAUUCUAUUAUAGCAGCAACAGUAAUGGAGCAACUUCUUCAUGGACAGUAGCAUUUCCCUUGCUUAAGACAAUAUGGCUAUAUGAAAUGCCUAAUUUGGUUGAAUGGUUGGGAGUGUUGCCUCAUUCCUUUCCAUCUCUUGAGGAGUUGUAUGUCAUAUUAUGCCCUGAGCUGAAAAUCAUGCCAAGUCGAUUCCCUUCCCUCAAAACAUUGCACUUUUAUAACACUAAUACGAUGGCACUAUGUUCAUUGUCAAGCAACCUUGUUUCUCUCAACUCUCUCUAUAUUGAUAGAUGUCAAAAUCUCAAGUCUGUGCCGGAGAGCUUGCUACAAAACAAUGCACAUAUUCUCAAGAAAAUAAAUAUUUCUGGAUGCCCUGAGCUUGAAUCAAUUUUUCCAAGUCAAGAAGGACACUUAGAGGGAUCCCUCCUGCUCACCGCCCUAGUCUUUCCAUCUGUUCAAGACUUGUACAUAGACGACUGUCCUCUUGUGCCUUUGUUGGACUUACGGGGAAUGACUUCUCUUAAAAAUUUGCUUCUACUUGGCUUUGAAGAUUUGAAGUCACUACCAGAGGGGUUGCAGCAGCUCACUAUGCUCAAGGAAUUAAAUAUUGGUCGGUUUUCAAAGGGGCUAGAUUAUAUAAAAAGGGAAGAGGAUCUCCAACACCUCGUCUCCCUUGAAAACCUAACACUUGCUGUCUGGCCUCAGCACAAGAAUCUCCGAGACCAACUUAAGCACCUCACUAAUCUAAAAGAUGUGGCAACGCCAGAUAGAUGGCCUUGAAAUGCUGUAGUGGUCUGAAGUCUGAACAGCAGUUAGGAAAGGAGCUCUGUUCUUAUUGGCAUUUUUAGUGCUCAUGGUGAGUUAUUAACCAUCUUCUCUUUCCCUCCUCUGUCUUGAGUAUUAUUACUACUGUCUGAUUUGCUCUUGGUAUUGUUGUUCUAUCUUGGGAGAGAUGUACUCUAAAGACAUUUGCUCCUCUGGAAACUUAUCAAGUUGAUGGAAACAAAUAUGUGAUGGUAAGUGUGACCAUUUCUUGUUCUCAAUGCGAUAGUUCAGAAGGUAUAAUAAUCUUUUCUCUCAUGUGAUUGUUACAUAGGAGCAUGCUUUUUAAUAUUUUGGGUAUGUUAGUUUGGACUAGUUUUGAUUCUAACAAGUUAUUUUAUGUAUAGAUGGAGGAAAAAGGAGAAACAAGAAGUUGGGCAAAGGGGUUGAAAUUUUUACGACGAUGGAGGGAUGGAUUCGAACUAUAAAAGAGUGAUGAGGUUUUUGCCAUCACUGAUAGUUUGGAUGAGGUUUUGAUGAUGAGGAGAUCUACUGGUAUAUCUGAUCGAUGAUUGAGACUUUUCCCCUCUGUUCUUUGCUGAUCUGUCUUUUAAUUAUUGUUGUAAUAAUCAGCUGCUGCAGCUAUGAGUCCUCAAUACAGAUUUGAAAGAUGAUGUCUGGGUGUUAUCUAGAUUCUAGCUUAGUAUUUUCUUGAGGUUUCUGCUGAUGGCCAUGCCGAAGGUGGAACCUUAAGGAAAUUUUGUUUCUUGUUUCUCUGCUGAUGGCAAUGCCGAAGGUGGAGUAACAUGAUUCAUUUGUACUUUUAUUUUCCAUCCGAGGAUGCCUAGACGUAAACUCUGUACAUCCGUCUAGUCUUUUAAUAUUAACUCCGUUGAACUUUAGCAAAAAAGAAAAAGAUUUGAGCUGAAAGAAUGAUGGUUUUUUUUUU